GGAGAUGGAGAUUGAUCCUGUACCUUUCCCAGUGAGGAAACUUGAGACAGCAACUGGUCCAGCAAGAUUGUCAUUGAUAAGCCCCCCUCAAGGUGGACGUAUGGGUAGUGUUUCCCACAAAGUUUCUCAAUCAGCUGGACUAGCAGCAAGUCAGAAUAGCAUGCCAGGCUCUGUAAGGUCAACACCACUAAGAAUACCACAUAAUGGAUGUUCUUUUACUCCUACUUAUGGAUCACAGAGUAGUAGGCUGGGCAUGUGGGAUACUCCCAGUUUCAGAACUCCUCAGCUGUAUCCAUUUACACCACCUUCCUCACAGUCAUCUGUAACAAGACCACCAAUCACCAUCGCCAGUCUUCUGCAGAGGCAAUAUCUAGGAUCUACUAAUCUUGGAGGACAUUCUGUAGAAAGAUAAACAUGUGUCUGAAAUCUAUAUUGUUUGGUAAGCAGCUGGAGAAGUCCUCCACCGGUUUGGCAAUCUCAAACAGAACAUGUAAUUUCUAUACACAUCAGACUAGAAUAAGAUUACAAAUUAUACAGCUUAAUGAAAGCAUUCUUUAAGAUAUGACCAAUAUUGUUGAUUAAUACCCUCGAUAGUUUUAAAUACUAAUGGGGGAAAAGUUUUGCUGUUCUUAGAAUUUA